CUGUCAAGCCAUUAAAUUAAUCACGCAGUGGUGAUGGACCCCAUAUUAUUCAAGCUUGCUCAGCUUCUUUGGAUGUUUGUUCACAGUUUUCACAUAUUAGGAUACACAAUAUAUGUCAAAUGCAUGCACAUAUUCACGUAUACGUAUAAGUGCCUAUUGUGGGAUUAUAAUUUAAAAUUGUGGAAAAAUAAAAUUGGAUAUUGGAAAAAAAAAGUCCAUCUUUAAAGUAGGGAUGUUACAGUACAAUAAAAUAAUUUAAUGUCUCAUACAUAAACUGUAUAAAUAAAUGGAUAUAGCUAACCAGCUAAUCGCCGUGUUCCAAAUAGUCCAUCGACUCCAGUUGAAUUUAGAUUGAAAAACUAUCACCGUUUUGAUCUUAAAAUGUUUCACUAUUUAUUUCACUAUUUUGUCCGUAAAUAAAUUCCUAUUUCUGAUACACUCGUAUAACUGCCAGCCUAGUGAGCUUCAUUUGACUGGAGCUGAACACUAUGGGUAAUGUCACGCUCCCUUAGUCCACUCUCUAUAGUUUUUCAGUUUCUACCCCAUCCCAGCAGAUGGAGCUAAAGCUUUAUAUUCACAGACCUCUCCCUUUAAUCCUCUACUCUUUCAGAAUAAACAGCACACUGUUCCAGGUUCUGUAAACCGGAUCCAGACGAUUCUCAGUAUGGCGAGUGGUGGACAGCUGUCGAGGGCUGAAGCGUUGGCGUGCACAGGCUACAGACAUGCCUGCCACGUGAUGCUCUACUCUGACACCAAGAGUCAGCUGUUCAGACGGACCCCUAUUAGACACAUUAUACUGAUGCAGAUGCGCUUUGACGGUCUGCUGGGUUUCCCUGGCGGUAUAGUAAACCCAUCAAAAGAGAGCCUGGAAGAGGGCCUGAGCAGGGAGCUGUUGGAGGAGAUUGGAGUGGCCGUUCCCAUCUCAGAGGAUGACCAUGUGGAAUCCUGCUAUGCCCCAGCUUCUCCCACUUCAUCAUCAUCAUCAUCUUCCUCUGGUCUGAUUUUACACUUUUACGUAAAAAAGAUGGAGGAGGAACAGAUUCUCGACAUAGAGCGUUCAGCAGCAUCUGUAGCUGUGGACCAUGGACAUGAGGUGCUGGGAAUGGUCCGAGUCCCAGUUUACCAAACCAAAAGCGGAGGAGGUCUCCCUUUGUUCCUGUCUCACUCUUUUAUUGGGAACGCCCGGCUGCAGCUGGUGGACAAUCUGCUUCGCUUUGGUCUCAUCCCUGCAAAACACUUGCUCAAAGCUCUCAGGCUGUCGAUGGAAACGCACAAACACAAUGCACAGGACCUCAGAGCAGCCCUGGAACUCACAAAGGAGAAACUGAACUGACUCUACUGCACAUGCACUAGAUGUCCUCCAGGGGGCUGCAACAACUGAUCAAAGUAUUACUGAAGAAAAGUAAUCAUCAGUUAUACUUUUAGGUUUGUUUUGUCAAAAUUUGAAGAGCUCUUUUUAAUGUAUUCUGUGUUUUUUUUUAAAAGAAGCAAUGCCAUACAACCUCUAUUCUUGCUUUAUGAUUAUUGAUCUUAUCUUGAUAAUUAAUCUUAUUCUGUUUUGGUAAUAAUAAAUAGGGGGUUUAUAAUCACCUUAACUGCAUCUUUGGAAGAAAAAAUGUGAGUCAUAUCACCAUUAAUAGAAAAGGCUCUGCACUUCAUUUAAAAUGUAUUUAUCUUGAAGAAAGGAAAUGAUUUCUCCACUUUAUUUUUUUUGUUAUAUCUAUCAGUUGCAGCUCUCGUUUAAGUAUAUUUUUGUAUUUGUGUAUUUUUAUACAGCAUUAUUGGCUGUAGAGGCUUAGCACUUAUGUUAGUAGCUUUUAUAUCCACUUGGGUCUUUGAAACCACAGAAGGGUAAACUGUCAGAUUGAAUAAAGACUGAGAUCCUCUGUUAUAAAAAUCAAGUUGGGCCUUUUCUUCUUCUCUUCUCUAUGUUUUGUUCGCACCAAAACAACAUAGGCAUCAAUCCUUUGGCUAUGCUGUUUUGAUGAA